UGUCUGAACCUGAGCAUAAAGCAAUACAAAUGGUCUCCGGUCUAUUUUACUUCUUUGGUCUGUUUGCCAGUGUUGGCUUCAUGGUCUGCAUCGCCCUGGAAAGGUAUUUGGUCAUCGUCCACCCGCUGUGGUACCGCUUCAGACGAACCAUCAAGACCUCUGUGGCGCUCUGUGCUGUAGUGUGGGUCCAACCUUUUGUCUUUAUCUUCGCUUUCUCUUUCAUAGAUCAGGCACAAAUGGCCAUCGUCAUCUAUCUACUCCUUCCCUUCCCAUUGUUAAUCUUCUUCCUGGUUGGGACCUUCAAAGCCCUGUCUGCUUCCAUCUCGGUCUCCUCUGAUGAAAAACGACGAAUUGUGGGAAUUUUGGUUCUGGUGCUGCUUAUAUACACGUUGCUGUUCCUGCCCAUCAUCCUUAACUUCCUAAAAUUAUGCAUAUACAACAUGUAUGACAUAUAUGAGGAUAUACUCACCACCCUGUCUCUCAUUUUUGUUAGGUUCAGUCCUCUUGCAGACUUAGUCCUGUAUGUCUUCAUGAGGAAAGGGACCAUAGACAAGCUUUUGGCCUCUGUGUGUUGUUGCAGAAUGGAUAGCAAUGAUAUCAGCAGUCCAUCAGUAUGAAUGAUGACAACAUUUCCGAGAGGGGUCCAACUGCAGACCUCCACUGUCAGGCCGGUCAGUUUUUUACAUCCCCACAGGACAUAACGUGAUGCGUUUCUCCCUCCCAACACUAUAUGGCACUGCACUGGUGCCCUGACAACCUCGGACCUCUCGGUCCGUGUGGUAAGUGUGCUGUCUGCUUGCAUGCUGAUGGAACUGUCUGCUGUGUGCGGGUAGUGCAUCGCGGUUCAACACAAUGCUCCCUUGGUUGUUUAGGAGUGAAUCGUUUGCUGUGCGGGCUGUCUCGAUCUGGCC